CGCCCUCCGGCCGCGCCCCCGCGUGCAGCUCGCGGCCCCGGCCAUGGGGCUGGGCGGAUCCGGGGCUCCGCCGAGCUGAGGAGGCGACGCCUGCCCGCGCAGCCCGCUCGCCGGCGCCUGGCUGUCAUGAUGAUGAAGAAGAAGAAGUUCAAGUUCAAGGUGGACUUCGAGCUGGAGGAGCUCUCCUCCGUGCCCUUCGUCAAUGGGGUCCUCUUCUGCAAGAUGCGGCUGCUGGACGGCGGCAGCUUCACCGCGGAGUCCUCCAGGGAGGUGGUGCAAGCCAACUGUGUCCACUGGAGAAAGAAGUUCUCGUUCAUGUGCAAGAUGAGUGCCAAUGCCAUUACAGGCAUCCUAGACCCUUGUGUCUACAGAGUGUCUGUAAGGAAGGAAUUAAAAGGUGGAAAAGCUUAUGCAAAGCUGGGCUUUGCAGAUCUAAACCUGGCUGAGUUUGCUGGAUCAGGAAAUACCACUCGUCGCUGUUUACUGGAAGGCUAUGACACCAAAAAUACAAGGCAGGAUAAUUCCAUUCUGAAAGUUUUGAUCAGUAUGCAGCUGAUGUCUGGUGACCCAUGUUUUAAAACGCCUCCCUCCACAUCAAUGUCUAUACCUAUUGCUGGUGAAUCCGAGUUCCUGGAAGAAGACAGGAAAGGUGGAGAGACCCUCAAAGUCCAUCUCGGAAUAGCAGAUCUUUCAGCAAAGAGUGCCUCAGUGCCAGAUGAACUUGGUGCCUGUGGACAUUCCAGAACGUCAAGCUAUGCAAGCCAGCAGUCAAAAGUAUCAGGGUAUAGCACGUGUCACUCCCGGUCAUCUAGUUUCUCUGAGUUCUGCCACAGAAGAAACACAUCAGUGGGAAGUACAUCGACAGGAGUUGAAAGCAUUCUGGAGCCUUGUGAUGAAGUUGAGCAAAAACCAGCUGAAUCAGAUCUUGACACAGCUGAUAAAGAAGAUACAGCCUCUGAAAAGCUCAGCAGAUGCCCAGUGAAACAAGACUCUGUCGAAUCUCAGCUGAAGCGAGUUGAUGAUACCAGAGUGGAUGCUGAUGACAUUGUGGAGAAAAUAUUACAAAGUCAAGACUUCAGCCUAGAUUCCAGCGCAGAAGAAGAAGGACUGAGGUUAUUCGUGGGUCCUGGGGGCAGUACAACCUUUGGCAGUCAUCAUCUUCCAAAUAGGUAA